AUGUCCCUCAAGCGCAAGGCUUCUUUCUCGGCGAUGCCUUUCGCUCCUUCAGCUCUCGCGCCCAGCGAAUGGGGCAUGGCUGACGGCUCUCAACACCUUAACAGCCGGACCCGAAAGCGUUUCCGAGAUGGACGUCCCAGUGACGACGUCGUAUAUGAGAAAACCCUCCGCUGGAUCUAUUCCGCCCAGCAACAGCAACCACAACAACAAAUGGAAACGUCGACUGGCCCGAUCGAUGAGGCCAUGGACUCGGAGCCAACCCUUCCCUCCCCCGAGACCGUGGAUCCGCGACAGCAAACACUUCUGCGAUUCUUCCAGCCGCGACCUCAAGUGGCGUCGUCUUUUCGCCCUUCACGUCAGGCGCUGGCACCCCGGGCCAAUGAGACUGCUAUUGACCGAGACGAUAUGCUUCGACGUCAAGCAUUCAUGAACCCAGCUGGUAGCUCGAGUGGAAGCGAGACAAUGAGCCCCGGUGUCAACCAGAUGCAUAUGGAUAUGGAUGUCGAUAUGGACACUGAUCAGAGCAGUGAACGGUCAAACCCAGCCUCCAAUAUAGACGUAAUGGGAUGGAUGUAA